CGUCCUCCUCUCCCCACCACCGCGCUCGAUCCGCCGCUCCCCGCUCGCAAACCCUAACCCUCGCCCCGCAUCCGCCCCGACCCUCCCCGACAAGAUCUCCCUCCGCGCCCUUGGAUGCACCAACACCGAUGUCAACCUCACCACCCCCCGCCACCACCACCUCUCCCUCCAACCCCUCCAAGCCCGCCGACGUAGAGAUCCGCGAGGUCUACGCGCACAACCUCGAGGCCGAGUUCGCCGUAAUCCGCGACGCCGUCGACACCCACCGCUACGUGGCCAUGGACACGGAGUUCCCGGGCAUAGUCUGCCGCCCCGUGGGCGCCUUCCGCACCAACGACGCGCUCAACUACGCCACGCUCAAGGCCAACGUCGACAUGCUCAAGCUCAUCCAGCUCGGCCUCACGCUCGCCGACUCCACGGGCGCCCUCCCGCUCCUCGGCACCGACAACCGCCCCUGCGCGUGGCAGUUCAACUUCCGGGGCUUCGACCCGCGGUCCGACCCGGCCAACGCCGACUCCAUCGACCUCCUCCGCGCCUCCGGCAUCGACUUCGACCGCUUCGCCGCCGACGGCGCCGACGCGGGCCGCUUCGCGGAGCUGCUCAUGUCGUCGGGCGUGCUGCUCAACGCCGACCUCCACUGGGUCACCUUCCACAGCGGCUACGACUUCGGGUACCUCGUCAAGCUGCUCACGGGCCGGAACCUGCCCGACACCAUCCCGGGCUUCUUCGAUCUCGUCAGGGUAUACUUCCCCGUGCUCUACGACAUCAAGCACCUCAUGCGCUACUGCAACAGCCUCCACGGUGGGCUCAGCAAGCUCGGGGAGCUGCUCGGGGUAGAGCGGGUUGGGACCUGCCACCAGGCCGGGUCGGACUCGCUGCUCACCCUGCGCUGCUUCACCAAGCUCAAGGAGGUAUAUUUCAGAGGCUCCACCGAGACCUAUGCUGGUGUGUUGUACGGUCUUCUGGAUGAUGGUGCUGGCGGGGAAAACACCUCCUCCGCGGCCAACUGAAUGUGUUAUCGAUAGACAAAUAAGACUAUGUUAUCAUGAUUCGGAAAAAAAAAUGAGAAAAUCUUUCUGCUGAAUAUACAUAUUGCUCUCUCAUCA